GUGCUGAGGAUCCUGGAGAAGCGGGGCCCCAAGCCGGGCCCGGGCACGGCGGACGACGCGAUCGCCGUGCGGAACAACACCUACCAGAUGCUGACGCUGCUGGCGGAGGAGCGGGCGGGCGCCGGGGCGGGCGCGGGGCCCAUCCUGCAGCUGGUGCUGGCGGAGAACCUGCUCGAGCGCCUCCUGCACUGGCACCUGCAGCGGGACAGCGGCGAGGAGCAGCGGGCGGAGCAGCUGAAGCUCUACGAGAUGCUGAUCAGCCAGAGCCACCAGCCCCUGCUGCGCCACCCGCCCGUGCGGCGCCCGCUGCUGCGCCUGCUGAGCCUGUGCGCCGAGCCGGCCUCGCCCGCCCUGCAGACCAGCCUGGUGCUGCUGCUCAACCAGCUCUGCGGCUGCGUGGCCAAGGAGCCGGCGCUCCUGGAGCUCUUCUUCCACCGGCCCACGGAGCAGGGCCCCGGCGACCUGCUGCUCUUCUCCCUGCUCGUCCCCUUCAUCCACCACGAGGGGCCCACGGGGCAGCAGGCCCGCGACGCCCUGCUGCUGCUCCUGGCCAUGGCCGCCAGCAACCACGCCGUGGCCACCUACAUCACCGGCAGCUCCUACUUCUGCCCGGUCCUCGCCACGGGCCUCAGCGCCCUCUACUCCUCGCUGCCCCGCAAGAUCGAGGUGCGGGCGGACGACUGGCACUGCCUGCGCCGUGAGGACUGGAUGGGGGUGCCCGCCCUCGUCCUCUUCAUGAACUCGCUGGAGUUCUGCAACGCCGUCAUCCAG